UUGACUUAGUCUUUUUCUUACAAUCUUACUGUAUUUUUCUAUUCCCUCCUCUCCAAUUCUCUUUGCUUUACUUGCACAUUUUGUGUUGAAGGCAGAAGACACUACUAUUCUUGUGUUCUAUCCCUCUCAAUAUGGUGCUGAAAAACACAAAGCAAUUAGAGGAAGGUAAUGAUUCCACUUAUGAUAGAAAAGCUGAAGUGAAAGCCUUUGAUGAUUCAAAAGCAGGUGUCAAAGGUUUGGUUGAUUCUGGUGUGGCAAAGAUUCCACGCAUGUUCUAUACCAAAAAGUUCGACAUUACUGAAAACUUAGCUAGUGACUCCAACUUGAGUGUUCCAAUUAUAGACUUCAAAGAUGUCGCCAACAAUCCAGCUUUACGUGUAAAGGCCAUCGACGAAAUUCGAAGUGCUUGUCAUGAGUGGGGAUUUUUUCAGGUGAUUAAUCAUGGAAUUCCUAUUACUAUUUUGGAUGAGAUGAUUGACGGAAUUCGUAGGUUUCAUGAACAAGAUGUUAAUGUAAGAAAAGAGUUUUACACGCGUGAUUUGAAGAAAAAAGUUAUGUAUUACUCCAAUGUAACUUUGUUUAGUGGUCAAGCUGCUAAUUGGAGAGAUACGUUUGGUUUUGCUGUUUCUCCUGAUCCAUUCAAACCCGGUGAUGUACCAACAAUAUGCAGAGAUAUUGUGAUUGAAUAUUCAGAGAAAAUAAGGGGUUUGGGCUUCACAAUAUUUGAGUUAUUGUCAGAGGCACUAGGACUUGAUCCUUCUUAUCUCAAAGAGUUGAAUUGUGCUGAAGGACAGUUUAUUUUGGGUCACUACUAUCCACCAUGUCCUGAACCUGAAUUGACUCUGGGCACUACCAAGCAUACUGAUGGUAAUUUCAUGACAAUACUUCUACAAGAUCAACUUGGUGGCCUUCAAGUUCUUCACGAGAAUCAAUGGGUCAAUGUUCCUCCGGCACGCGGAGCUCUUGUUGUAAACAUAGGAGAUCUGCUACAGAUUAUCACAAAUGACAGAUUUGUAAGUGUUUAUCACCGAGUCUUAUCACAGAACAUAGGCCCAAGAAUUUCUGUAGCAAGCUUCUUUGUGAAUUCUCCUGACCCAAUUGAAGGAACAUCAAAGGUUUAUGGCCCUAUUAAGGAAUUGCUUUCAGAAGAAAACCCACCAAUAUACAAAGACAUCACCAUAAAAGAUUUCUUGGCAUAUUACUAUGCAAAAGGCCUUGAUGGAAACUCUUCCUUGGAGCCUUUCAAGUUGUGAAUUCAACAUGUGAAUGCACUUUUUGGUUCUCUUGGAGUUGGCUAUAAUCUAUUUAAAUAACAAGUCAUGUUUUCCACAAUGUAACAAAUUUCCAAAACUGAAAUAAUACAUUUGUUGAUAUUUCUUAAAUACUUUUGAUUGAACUAAAGAGUUAUUAAGUUCAAA